ACACAUGGACAGACGGACACAGACCUAAAACUCAACCGCCCGGCAUAGAAUCAAAAACGGACAAACUUCUCUGAGGCCCUUCGUUGUCUACAGCCUGCCGAUAAAGUUAUGGCACCGCUGCUCUCUCUGAUUCUCUCCCUCCUGGCCGCCUCAGUCACAGCUGAAGAGAUGGAAUGGUGGACAGCGCCCUCCCAACCCUGAGUGAUGUCACUGCAGCCGAGGCCUUCAUCGAAGCCUCUGAGGUGGUCGUCAGCGGGUUCUUUGAGACUCCCUCAGAUGAGACUUUUGGCUACAAGGAGUUUGUGGAGGCAGCUAGGUCUGUGAAGCAUAUCCCUGUGGCUCUGUGCAGCGAUAAGGAGGCAUGGGCCAAACUCGGCAUCGCGUCUGACACGGUCGCCAUCUUCAGAAAAGCAGAUAACCACCAAGACAACCUUCAGCUCUCUGAGACCAAGAAAGUGGAGGCGGACGGCCUUGCUCGCUUUAUCACCAUGAACGAGCUUCGCUACAUCACCGAGUACAACCAAGUGACAGCAGUGGGUCUGUUCCAGUCUGAGGUGAAGGCACACCUCCUGCUCUUCAUCAACAGGGGGAGUGGUGACUAUAAAGUACUCAAGGACCGACUAGGAGCUCUGGCCCCAGAAUUUGUUGGGAAGUUCCUGUUUGUGCUGGUACACGGGGUGAAGUCCAAUGAGAAAUCUCUGGGCUACUUCAGCCUGACGUCACGUGACCUUCCCCGCGUGGGCAUUUAUGACGAAGACUCAGAUAUGAAGUGGCUCAUGCCCGAGGGAGAGAUCUCUACCGAGCGUGUGCAGGAAUUCUGCCAGUCAUUCAUACAAGGCGAUCUCAAGGUCAGAGGUCAAAACAGACCUGAGUUCAAAUAUUAUUGGUUCUCUUUCAAAUGCCUUUGAAGGUUGAUUGAGCCUGCCUAGAUUGCCAGAUUGACAGGGUUUGCACUUUUUGGACUAUUUUAUUGGUUCCAUUCUGACAGGCAAGCUCAAUUAAGAGCAGGCAAAUAAGUAUUGGAAAGAAAACGAAUACUAUUAGAACCUAUAUCUAUGGCGCAGUAUACGUUUCAGUGGCUUUGAUAAUAUGUAGAAAGCAGCAAUAAAUUAUACUGAGUGGCCUCCAUUUAAUGUAUCUAUAUUGCUUCUCAAAAUCUUUUUAGGAGGUGAAGCAGGCAGGAGA